GAGUCGUUGGGGUCGUAGCGCUUCUCGCGUGGGAUUUUCAAGUCUAAGGUCAUUUUAUGUCGCUGUUUUUAUUUUCUUCCCCGUGAAAUGUGGACAACGAGUAGUUGGAGAGACGGGACAGAACUGUAAGGAUGUUUAAGCUUUGGAUCCAGCUGUGAACCACGGAGGGUCUGUGACUGUCAGCAUGUCGGUGAAUGUGCUCCUGCCUACGGGUGAAGCCGCCAGCUUCCCUCUGAGCGACACCAUGACGGUGGAGCAGCUCAGAGACAAAGCAGUGGAUCAGACUCGCAGGAAACCAGGCUUCAACUGCGUCAGUGCAAAUAACGCCAGACUGAUAUUUGAGGGAAAGACGCUGGAGAACCCGUCCAGCAUGUCAGGACUGAAGCUCCUUCCCUCCUCCGUCCUCCACCUGACGCUGAGGGUUCACGGAGGCUGAACUGAACCAUCCCGCAUGAAGUCACUGCCAGGACUGACAUUAUUUCAUAAUCUAUAAGCUUUAGUGUGUGCGUCGUUUCACUGUGCUGUUCCUCCUUGUGUCAUUAUUUUCUGGUUGUUUUACACUUUUUUGCUGUAAAGACUUUAAAUACUUUUACUACAUUUCUACAGUAAAAUCCAACAUACAGAAAUAAAACAAUGUUUAAACCAA